GAAAUCUAUUUCGAGCCUGAUAAAAAUGUGUACCUAAUUAUUUUAUAGAUGUCCCAGUGAGGUCUUUGUGGCGGCUUAAAAAAGAAAUAACAAACCCGGAACCCAAAGAAGAAGCCUCUGGAAACAGCGUAGCCUGCGGAUCUAGUAAAAAACAAGGCAUUAUUGCAAAUUUAGACAGUUUUGAUAUUAAUGCAAUAAAAAACAAGAUUAAUGAAUUUUACACGGUAAAAAAACAAGUGCCAACAUUACGGUCUUUGUUACCCGAAUUGAGAGAAUCCAUCGGAUUCACGGGUUCCCACGAGACACUGCGUCGAAUUUUACACAAAAAUGGAUUUGUAUUUAAAAAUAAUCGAUCCGAAAGACAGGAUCUUAUGGAGAGGAUAGAAAUAUCGCAAUGGCGUGAAAAAUACUUAAGGUCGAUUUAUACGAAGAGACAAGAAGGGAAACCCAUCAUUUACUUAGAUGAGACUUACGUGCAUCUCAACUACAAAACUAAAAAAUCCUGGCAGGGACCGUCGGUCAAAGGUGUCACUGAAAAUAUUUCAGCUGGCAAAAGAUAUAUCGUUGUUCAUGCUGGCUCAGACAAGGGUUGGGUUCCAAAUGCACUUUUAGUGUUUAGUACAAAAUCUCAAGCAGCCGACUAUCAUCACGACAUGAACGCGCAAAAUUUUACGAAAUGGGUCAAAGAAAAAUUAAUCCCCAAUUUGCAUGAGCCCAGCGUCAUUGUCAUGGAUAAUGCCAAAUACCACGUGAGGCAAACAAACAAACCACCAACGACGCAGGAUUUAAAAGCGACCAUCCAAAAUUGGCUCACCACUAAUGGUAUUGCGUUCGACCCCGCUGCCAACAAACGGCAACUUAUGACUUUGGUCAACACGAAUAAAUCUCCUGCGUGCUAUGAAACAGAAGAGAUUUUAAAGGCUCAUGGUCACGAGGUGCUGAAGCUACCGCCAUACCACUGUGACCUCAACGCAAUAGAGCUGGCAUGGAGUAUGGCCAAACGGACCGUUGCAAAACGAAAUUUGGGAAUACCGGCAGCUGACAUGCAGAAUUUAAUAACGGAUUGUUUCCUUAACCAGUGGAAGCGGUUCACUGACCACGUUAUUAAUGUCGAGGAAGAAUACAGAACCAAAGAUAGAAUUGCAGUGGAUCACAUAAACAGAUUUGUAAUACACGUAGAUGAUGAAGAUGAAAGUGACGAAAACGACAGUGAGACCGACUCGUUCUAUGAAGAAGUCGAAUAUUUAGAUUCCGAGUAUGAGUUGGACCUGUAA